UGGGCUCAAACCAAAGCUCGCUUCUCGUUUCUCUUCUUUUUUGAAAUCUGAAGUGGAUUUGUGGGACAGAAAAUCUGACACAGCUCAUUUUUCAUUUUAGAUUGUGUCGCGUGCGCCUUUCUGCAGACUUCUGAAACUUCUUCACUUUUUACGGAUAAUGUCUAAACUCUGAUGCUCGUGGGUUUUAGAGAGAAACUGGCAGCAGGAUUCAGACUUGACUGCUGAUCAGACAGAGAAAAAGUAGCUGAGCUACGCGGCUGGUGUCCUCCGACCGGCCAAGGAUGGAUUAAUGUCCCUUUGAGGGCUUUUAGAAGCUUUCAGUGACUUAUUUCUUCCUGCCUUUUCAGCUCCAAGAAUGAGCAGAUUUCUGACUCUGGAAAUGUGUGAUCUUAUGUAAGAGGAGGAGACGGAAUAAAAGCUGCAGCGCUUGGUCUGGUCUGUCCAAGCAAGCUGCUCGGGUGAUUUCUCACCCUUUAUCACUCCUUGAAUCCUGCGUCCCUCUGGAUUUCUAGAGGAAGAUGGCAUCCCAGCAGCUGUGGACACUGCACAUCCUCACAUCCGCGUACUUCUUCUUCCUGGUGUUCUGCAUCCAAAUGGCAAAUGUACCUGGAUAUGACUUGAGUGCUGAGGCGUGGCUUCGUCAGUUUGGCUACCUGUCUCAGUCCAGCAGGUACAUGUCCACCAAGCAGUCGUCUCAGAUUCUGUCCAAAGCCAUCAGUGACAUGCAGCGCUUCUACGGGCUCGAGGUGACCGGAGAGCUGGACCCACCUACCAUCGAGGCGAUGCGUCGCCCUCGCUGCGGCGUCCCUGACAGACUCCCAGAGGAGCUUGCUGACAGAGCGAGAAAGAAGCGCUACGCCCUCGCGGGGCAGCCGUGGGACAAAGACCACAUCACCUACAGUUUGAUGCACCAACGCAUCCCGCCUUCCCUGGGAGAGGAGCGGACCGUGGACGCCAUCCGCAGGGCCUUCCAGGUGUGGAAACGAGUCACACCGCUCACCUUCCAGGAGCUUCCUGUUGAAAACAUCAACGGCAGCCAGGCGGAGCUCAGUGACAUCUUGAUGCUGUUUGCCUCUGGUUUCCAUGGUGACAUGUCAUUGUUUGAUGGCGAGGGUGGCUCCCUUGCCCACGCCUACUAUCCUGGGCCAGGAAUAGGCGGAGACACACACUUUGAUGCUGAUGAGCCGUGGACUCUGAACAAUGAGAACCCAGAGGGCAUAGACCUGUUCCUGGUGGCAGUCCACGAGCUCGGUCACGCUCUGGGUCUGGAACAUUCGGAUAACCCCAGCGCUGUGAUGGCUCCUUUCUACAAGCACAUGCACGUGCACAACUUCACGCUGCAUGAGGAUGACAUCAGAGGAAUACAGUACAUAUACGGUUCUCCUCUAAUGACUGAUGCUCCGCCCACUUCUCCUUCCAUCCCUGACAAUGACUCCCCUGCUUCCCCCUCUGCUCCAGAAGACAAACCCAGCUCUUCCUCCCCCACCGACUCGCCACCUGAACUGCCAAACCCAACUGAAGCAGAGCCAAGAACCGCCUCACCUCCUGGCCUACCCACCUCCUCCCCCACCAUCUCCCAGCCCGAGCCAGAACCCGUCACCCCGCCUGUUAGAAAAGAUGUCCCACCUCCGCCCAGGCCUCCCAAGCGGCCGGACCAGGCCCCAGAUAUCUGUGAUGGCUACUUUGACACGGUGACCAUGCUGAGGGGGGAGAUGUUUGUCUUCAAGGGUCGCUGGUUCUGGCGGGUACGCAGGAACCGAGUCCUGGACAACUACCCCAUGCCAAUAUCAGUCUUCUGGAUCGGCCUCCCCAGUGACAUUGACGCAGCCUAUGAGCGCCAUGAUGGCAAAUUUGUUUUCUUUAAAGAUGACAGAUAUUGGGUGUUCAGGGAAGCUGAUGUCCUGCCAGGGUACCCGCAGCCAUUAUACGAGUAUGGACGAGGAAUUCCUACACACAAGAUCGAUACGGCUAUCUGGUGGGAGCCCAAUGGAUACACAUAUUUUUUCACAGGAGACAGGUACUGGCAUUACAAUGAGGAGUCCCGAACUACAGAUCCCAACUUCCCCAAACCCAUCAGCAGAUGGGGCAAGAUCCCUCCCUCCCCCAAAGGAGUCUUCCUCAGUGAUGAUGGUGCUUAUACCUAUUUCUACAAGGGUACCAAUUACUGGAGGUAUGACAACCACAAAGCAGAAGCAGAGAAAGGCUAUCCUCGCUCCAUCCUGAAAGAUUUCAUGGGCUGUGUAGGGGUCCCCGACCCAAAGCCAGACACUGACGCUGAGCAAGAUCCGGAGGAUAAACCCGUGAACCCUUCAGAACCUGGCAAGGAUGAGCCUAAAGAGCCUGACAGGGACCAGGACAGAGACACAAGCUCGGAAGAAGACAAAAGCUUGAAACCAGACACCACAGAGGACAAGAAGGACAAAGAUGUGAAUGUGGUUGUAACGAUGGCCGACAAUGAAUCGAAGGUUAUGACCCUGAUCAUGGUGACCGUUCCUCUAGUGCUCAUCCUGUGCAUCCUUAUUUUAAUCUAUGCAAUCCUCAGGACUCUGCAGAACAAGGAGACACCGCGGGCCUUGGUGCACUGCAAGCGCUCUCUGCAGGACUGGGUGUAAUCCACAGAGAACGGGUAUUCAUCAUUUGUCUGGUGCAGUUGCUGCCGUCAGAUUUUUAUUUCAGGCGUGGCUGAAGGAGGCUUUACACAAAGCUAAAGUGUGAGAAAGCUGAUGAUGAGUUACCUCAACGUUUUGGGCCCUGUUAAUCAUUUUUAUUGCUCAUGUGAAAUGCUGAAGAGUGAUGAAGUCAGCGUCUGUGGAUCUAAAGUUUCCCUCAUUCUGGCCUUGAAUGUAGCUUUUCCAGAAGUUUUUCUCUGUGCUUUUUCUGAAGUAGUGCCUGUGUGUCCUAAAAAUGACUUGGUCAUGUGAAAAAGAAAGCACACCCAUGUUAAAUGUAAAGAUUUUUGUCACAGGAAACAAACAUCAUCUGGUCCUCACCAGGUCUUAGAAUGAGUCAAAACAACCUCGGAUGAACAAUGACACCUGUAGAAUUACAUUAUGUCAUUAUUAAUUUAGCAAAAACUAAGCUAAAAAGCAGAAGAUUUGAGCUUGUAGAAGCACCAUUUUCUGUGUGAGGAAUCUUGACCCAUUCUUCAUUACAUGGCUCAAGGUCCCAUUACAGCAGGGAUGUCCCGCUCCGGUCCUCGAGGGCUGCAGCCCUGCAGGUUUUAGACAUUUCCCUGAUCCAACACACCUGAUUCAAAUGAAAUGUCUCUCCUCAGCAGCUUGUUGUGAAGUUCUGUUCCAGCUUGUUGAGCCUUCAGUCUGAUUCAGGUGCUGCAGCAGGAAAAGUAUGCAGGACAGUGGACCUCCAGGACCAGAGAUUGACCCACCCUGCACUACAGUGUUUUAGUCAGGGAUCAUGACUUGAGAUCAUUGUUGAUCAUCUGAAUCAACUUCAGUUAAGCUUUAGCGUUCAGACAGAUGGCUACACCGUUCUUACAAACAAGCCAAACUUAAUCUUUUUCUGUUUGAGCUGUCAUGAAGUGGAACACUUAGCAUGCUAACUGAAGCCUAAUAAGUCUGAGAUGCAGCUCUGGUUCUGCAGGCUGAGACAUCCACUCCUGGGAAGAUUAGCAACACUCUUCUGUUUUCCACUUUCUUCCUCCGUGGAAUGAUGGCUCGUAACCUCUCAGACUGAUGGCAAACAGCAGGUGCUUUUCUAAGUUCUUCCUUCCAUGGACGUAGUAAACGCACGCUGAGUUUUUCUUUCACUGCUUCUGCAUUUUGGCUGAGUUUUUGUUUUAAUCAAUGCUAACAUAGUUAACAUUUCAUGUAUCGUUAAUCUAAAGUUUUAUUUUCCUAAUUUUGAGGCCAGGAAAGAAAACCUUAGGCUUGAAAAAAGAUGGACUUUCUUUUUCACAAACAUCUUACAAGUUUUAUCUUUAAGCCACUUUGGGUCACAUGACACACUUCAAAUCUUCAUUUCCACCAAUUCCAGUUGGCCAGAGAAGCGUGAUACAAGUGAUUUGUUUGUGGCACAAAUGCAGAGAAAGUCAAUAGAGCACAUACUCACAGAAGCACUCGGACACAUGAACGCUUCAUACAUUUAAUAUGAACUAACCUUUCAUGUUUGACUUCAGCCAGUUUCCUGUGUAAAACAGAUCAUUUGCACUUUUAAGAGUUUUGUUGUCUUUGUUUUGCUGUUGUUGCUUCUCUGCAGUCGUAUGUGUGCAAUGCAGAGCUCUUUGAGUGAAGUUUCGACUAGCGCAGGAAUGUUGGACGGCCUCGUUUCCAUGACUGUCCGCCUCCCACUGAGCCCUUUAUCCCCACCCCUCUAUGCUCCAGCGUCACAUGAUCUAAAAAAAGUCCCUAUCUGUAGUCAUUUGUGCAUACAUGUCCACAUCUGUGGACACGCAUAUUAACCACCUACAAAGGCGCAGAGUUUUGGUGCAGAGGCUCCAGCCCCCCACCCUCCCACCACAGCUCUGCCAGCUGCUCAGACUGCAAAUCCCAGCGUGGAGACAUGUUGAUCUAUGACUGAUGCCAGUGCUGAGAAUUAUUCUCUGAGAAGAGUUGUGUUGUUUCAGGAAUGUCUACAACGUCAUGCUGUGAAGAGUAAAAACUUAGCAGCCGUUUUCUUUCUGCAUUUUUUUAAAGUUACGUUAAAUAGAGUUAAACUAAUUAUAAGUACAAGGGAAAAGCCUGCAGGCUGCAGGAGAAUGGGUCAAGGUCUGGUUUCCAUUAAACCCACAUGUUGCUGGUUUGGUAGUGUCAGGCAUGAGAGGAGGAGAGAGGAGAGGGUUGGGGAAAAUGCUGAAGCAUGAUAAGAAUGGUGGUGAAUAAAGAGAAAGGGGGACAUGGGAGAGGAUGUAUUCUGUGGAAAAGGAGGAGCGAGGGAGGGAAGGAAAAUGAGGAGGAGCAAUGCUGGCGUUGUGCCUCCUGACCUAGAUUGAGCCAAUGAGUCCACUUCUUAUUCUCAGUUCCACUUCAUUAUUUGGGGUUUUUGUGCAGCUUGUUAUGAGCUGGAAAUGACUCACUCACACACACACACACACACACACACACACACACACACACACACACACACACACACACACAGUUUUUGUUUCUUUGCUGUUCCUUACAGCACAUACUUGUUCCCAAGUGUAUAAAUUUUCUCAACCACUGCUGUGGAAAGUUUGCUCGAGCAUUUUAAUGAUAAUGAAUGCGUAGAAACAUCUGGAGGAUGUGGUUCCGUCUCCAUGAUGCUCGUCUCUGUUUAACCUGCAUCGACAUGUUAACAUCGUCAGUAUUUGCUUCACAUGAUUUUCUGUGAAGACAUUUCUUUAUUAUAAAUUACACAAGGGAAAGUUUUUAAAAUCUCUUUCUCACUUUCUUGUUUUCUACUUAUAAUUUUAGUUUUGUACUUUUCGUUCCUGUUGAGGUUUUCUUUUAAAAACAGUAGAUUAUUAUGACGAUGUCAGUGCAUGCAGGGCAUGUUGUGUAAGGCCUGUACAUUAGAGGUUUCCCAAUAAAACUCACAGGUGAAAAAGCAA